GGGCUUAUUCAAAGUUUUUUUUUUUUUGUUUUUAUACUAAAGAACUUGAAAUAAUGAAGAAAAACAGAAGCUCUUCACAAUGAAGUUAGCUGAGGUUCAUCACAACCAAUUCACAAUAUUUAUGGCAAUUUGAUCGAUAAAGAAAAGAAAUAAAAAAUAGUAGAAAAAAGAGGAUUUACUAGGACUGAAACAAAAAAGCUGUAAAAAUGCAUUGUAGAGAGAAAUCUACCGAGUGGGCACUCUUGUUUCCACUGAAAGCUGGUUUAUUUGCCGUAAAAUCGUCGAUAUCAUCUCGGAGUUUAAGCCGAGACAAGGCUGAUAAACCAAGAGAACGAGUGAUUUGUAAAAAUACUAAAAUACGAAGAGGAUCAUCACUGUCUGAUUUAGAUAAACUUCAGACAAAAAUUUUAUUGCCUAAUAUUAUUGGAUCAACGGAAAAAUGUUCUGAAUCAUUGCCCCAAUCGCCAGCUUUGUCUAGGACUAAUUUACAACUGUCGAGUAGUCAAGUUCGUGGAAGCAUUGGUGAUUUGAUGAAUUUAAAAAAAUACGGAAGCUCUACUUGGAGUGUUCGUAGUGAAACAUUGAUAACUAAAUUCGUACCAUUGAGUACAGUGACACCCAGACACAGUCCACCAAUGGAUAUAAGUGGUGUUGUUGAACAUGAUGAUGGUGAUGGCAGUGGAGAAGACGAUGAUGCUGAUGAGGAACCUGUGGAAAGCAGAGAAACUCUUACAUGUGCGCAGAGGACCCAAAGACUUAGUAAACUCAUCAAAAAGCAACGACAAAUUUCAGUUUUCAGCCCAUCGACGUUGAAAAAAUUGGCUGUGAGUACUACAUUUUCUUGUUCAUCCCUUAUUAAUAAUUCAAUCAGCAUUUUCAGUAUUUCUUAUUGAAUAUUCGGUAAGUAAUUUUAAGUACGUCAAUGUUUUGCUUCUAUAAGAAAAUGAAAUACAAUAAAUGGGAG